UCUUAACACCGUAAGGCAGUAGUUGGACUGGUCGGGUCAGUGAUAGUUGUUUAACCGGUUGGCUUGUACGACCGCGGUUGCGCGGAUAUGUUUAUUAAUACUAAGCUAGUUCAACCGUUUAACUAACUUGUUGUCCUCGCGCUGUGUAGCCGGAAGUCGUCGGAGUAAAAUAAUCCGACAGUUGUCAUAGCUUCAACCUGUUAUUUCGUGACUAUGUUAGCAGUCGUCACCGCCGGUGUUGCAGCUGAGUGCUAGCUUAUUAGCGCAGCGUGACAGUUUCUCCUUCUGCUGCGUAUCAUAGUUAAGGUUKUCGGCAUGCUGCAGUGAGUGAUGUACUGGGUGUUUGUGUUAGUGGUGACCAUGACCAUAUCCGGGGUGCAAGGGUGCUCCAAUUCCCAGAACUGCACCACAGCAUCACCGUCCAAUGAUACCAAUAAGGACUACUGUUACUCGGCUCGAAUACGCAGCACAGUACUCCAAGGACUGCCUUUUGGUGGGGUACCCACUGUCCUCGCUCUUGACUUUAUGUGCUUUUUGGUUCUGCUGUUUGUGUUUUCCAUCUUGAGGAAAAAAGCGUGGGACUAUGGGCGCCUUGCUCUGGUGAACGAUGCUGACAGAGUAGCGGAACAACGAUACAGUCGUCUGGAUGAUCGGGAAUACAUGAACUUCUCCUGUAUGAGCGUGCCGCGUGAGCCACACAGACAGGAUGCUAACAGGGAGAGCUCUGCCACCACCAUGAACUCACCCAAGCCAUCGUCGAUGUCCGAACGCUACGAGCGCCUCACCUCUGUGUCGAGCUCCAUGGACAUCGAUAACAGAGACUAUGGUUUCUGCUCUUGGCUGACUUCUGUCUUUCGCAUCAAGGAGGACGAGAUAAGAGAGAAGUGUGGUGAAGAUGCAGUGCAUUACUUGUCCUUCCAGCGUCACAUCAUUGGUCUGCUGAUUGCAGUGGGUGUGCUCUCUGUGGGCAUCAUCCUCCCCGUUAACUUCUCAGGAAACCUGCUAGUUAAUGAUGCUUAUAGUUUUGGGCGAACUACAAUUGUUAAUCUGACUGCAGAUAAUGCACUACUGUGGCUGCACACGAUUUUUGCUUUUCUCUACCUGUUGCUGACUGUGUACAGCAUGAGGCGGCACACGUCUAAGAUGCAUUACAAAGAGGACGAUCUGGUGAAGCGCACUUUAUUUGUUAUUGGCAUCUCCAAAUAUGCCGAGGAGAAUGAAAUAAAGCAACAUUUUGAACAAGCAUAUGAGAACUGCAGUGUACUGGAUGCUCGCCUUUGUUUUGAUGUGGCCAAGCUGAUGUAUCUCAACUCUGAACGGAAGAAGGCCGAGCGCAGCAAGAAGUUCUUUCUUGACCUGCAGGCCAAAGAACACGUCAAAACCAUGAUCAAUCCAAAACCCUGUGGACACCUUUGCUGUUGUAUCAUUAAAGGCUGUGAGCAGGAAGAGGCUGUGAGCUAUUAUACUAAGCUGGAGGCAAAACUAAAAGACGAAUACAGGAAAGAGAGGGAGAAGGUUAACAAGAAACCUUUAGGAAUGGCCUUUGUCACCUUUCAGAAUGAGGCCAUAACUGCUAUAAUUUUAAAGGACUUCAAUGCUUGCAAGUUUCAGGGCUGUCAGUGCCGUCGCGAGCCCAAAAACUCUCAGUUCAGCUCCAGGCUGAACGUACACAACUGGACCGUCAGCUACGCUCCUGAUCCACAAAAUGUCUACUGGGAGCAUCUGUCAGUGGGAGGAGCCACCUGGUGGCUCCGCUGCCUCAUAAUCAACUGUGCCCUCUUCCUUCUUUUAUUCUUCCUCACCACCCCUGCCUUCAUCAUCUCCACCAUGGACAARUUCAAUGUUACCAAACCAGUGGAGUACCUGAAUAAUCCAAUCGUCACCCAGUUCUUCCCCACCCUCCUUCUGUGGUCUUUCUCUGCUUUACUUCCCACCAUCGUCUACUACUCUGCCUUCUUUCAAGCCCAUUGGACUCGGUCAGGAGAAAACAGAACUACAAUGCAUAAAUGCUACACUUUCCUAAUCUUCAUGGUCCUGUUGCUGCCCUCUCUCGGACUCACCAGUUUGGAUGUUUUCUUCCGGUGGCUUUUUGACAAACAGUUUUUAUCAAAAGCGACAGUGAGAUUUGAGUGUGUUUUCCUUCCUGACAACGGAGCCUUCUUUGUGAACUACGUGAUUGCGUCUGCGUUCAUCGGGAACGCCAACGACCUUUUGAGGAUUCCCGGUUUGCUCAUGUACAUGAUCCGGCUCCUGUUGGCUCGCUCUGCAGCAGAACGAAGGAACGUCAAAAAGCAUCAAGCCUAUGAGUUUCAGUUYGGAGCAGCUUACGCCUGGAUGAUGUGCGUCUUCACUGUGGUCAUGACCUACAGCAUCACCUGCCCCAUCAUCGUCCCGUUUGGGUUGAUGUACAUGCUGCUCAAACACCUAGCUGACAGGUACAACAUGUACUACGCCUAUCUGCCGUCCAAACUGGACAAGAAAAUCCAUUCUGGAGCCGUCAACCAAGUGGUGGCUGCUCCCAUUCUUUGUCUCUUUUGGCUUCUUUUCUUUUCCACAGUUCGUUCUGGGUUCAAGGCUGCAACAUCCAUGUUUACCUUCGUGGUUUUGGUCAUCACCAUCAUAAUUUGCCUCUCUCACGUCUGCUUCGGACAUUUUAAGUAUUUAAGUGCCCACAACUACAAGAUUGACCAGGAGUUGGAUGGGGUGGAGAAUGGAAGAACAGCACGUCCUUGCACUACAAAUAAGCAAAUGUACAUCGCCGAAGUGCUCCAAGAUCCGAAUUCGGAAGAAGCUGGAUCGGGCAGCGGUGAGGACGACGGCCAGGGGUCCUCGCAGGACGAGGAGAUAAUUAACGUUCAAAAUGGCCUGAACGCRGACUUCCAGUCCGGUGAGGACAGCCUCAUCGAUAACGAGGUGCGGCACUGAUCCUGAGGCCGSGUUUAAACGUGACGAGUGCACUGAAAAUAUGUGAAUUAAACGUGGAACUGAACCAAGAGUUCGCCAAAGCAUCUGAACCUCUGAGGGACCGAACCCUGACUAACACAAGCACACUGUCUACUCUGGAUUAAAAGGAUCGUCUCUCAUGGACGUCGUCUUCGUUGGGUCUCGUCAAACUACAUCUACGACUUCCCUGCAGUGAGAAUCYCUGACGAUACAAAGGCAGCCCCUUGUGUCUGUCAGUGAGACACGCCUCAAACACUGCAUAAAGMCCAAGAUAAGAGGACACUAAUGCACAAUUUGAAGUUUUUUUUUUUUUUUGGCCUUUUAAGGGGAGUUCUCUGUGAUCUCUUAACUUUAUUGCACUUGAAUGAACGAACAUGUAAGCUCAAGUUUCACUAAGGUACAGCAUGCAAACUGAACGGAUGGAAGGUUUUUUUUUUUCGUUGUUGAUUCUCCCCCUCCCAUAACGCUUUGCCAGUAUCUCUGUCUGCUCUAGAUGCUUCUCAUGAAUAAGCAGCUUAUAGAGAGAAGCUCUCGUGUCAGCAGAUGGCUUAGUUUGUGCUAAAAAACGUUUGUCCAAAUUCUUAGAAGCCUUAUAAAAAAAUGCUACUAACACUCCUGGAAGCUUUGACUCUGUACAGCUCUAAAACUCUAGAUUUGUAAAGUAGCCUUUUUUUUGGGACUUGGUAUUUAUUUGUAGGCAUGACACUUUUUAAAUACUUUGUAGUUUGAUGUACCCCUAAACUGUGGAAAAGUGAGUGGUAGUUUGGCACACUACACUGGUGAUCUCUGUCAGUCCUUGAGCCUGUGUUGGACUGCUGCUGAUGGACUGCUGCUACUGAUGCUGACCCGCCCCCGGUAGAAGAAAAUCCCUGUGUGGAGAGUCUGGAUCCUUUUGUGUUGCUCAGAUGGAAGAGUAAAGGCCUUUUUUUUCUUUUUCUGGGUCAGCUUCAAACGACAGUAUGACUAGUUCUUUUUGUUAAUGUUUACAUCGCCUUGUAGCGAUUUUCUCAUAAGCAUUAGGCGACUGCUCAUAGUUUUAACUUCUGUCUCUGUAAGCCCCACCCCCUUUUAUAUUUACACACUUUAUCAUGUAGGUAGUACACUGUAAGUUCCUGUGGUCACUGCACUUUGUUACAAGUUCCUUUUUGUCAAUACUUAAUGCGUAAGUGUAGAUUAAUGACUCAAAUUGAGUAUUUUUUUCUUUUUUUUUUUUGCAAACAUAGGCUGAUAAGAGUUAGAGGUGAUGACCAACAACGAUUUAUCCCCUCAGCCUUCACAAAGAAUGAAGAACCAGAUUCCAAUCUCAGAUCCAGUGUUAAAACACUACUGCCUUAUCAGCAGGCAUGUACUUUACUCCACAGYUGAUUAUAAAGCACGCAGGUUUAAAGUUGACUACAUUUAUAACGGGCGUCAUUCGUACCAAACUGUUUAUUUUCUUUUAAUUUAACCAAAAUAAACGAAUCCACUAACGAUUGGUCAUCAUCCUGCUCAGGAUCUUUAACAUCUUGUUGCUUUAUCUUAUUUUCUUCUUCGUGAAGACAUUAGCUGCCGCACUAAACUAGUUAGCAAACAAAUCAAAGCUACUACUAAUGGAAAUAACCUGCUGUCACUCGUAUGAUUGACACAAGGAGCUGACCCUCACCUGUGGCUGUUCUUAUAGUUCCUGUUAGAGCCGAAACUUAGAGAAGCCUCUAAUGCUCCUCCGGUCAGGACUGGGUGACUGUUCUGUAAAUCUGUCGGUGUUUCCCGUCGAACUAACCAAUCCUGUGGAGACGACUCGCAGCUUCUGCUUCUCAGCACUGAAUGUACAUUUAUACCAAUUUUUUUUUGUUUGUUUUCUUAGAUGAAUGUGGCCUCUAAGUCAUAACAUGACCGCUGUAUUUUUACAGCUUUAAAAAAAUAAAAUAGUUUCUCAUGCUAUUUAGGAAUUGAACUUUUUAUACUGUAACAAAAGUCACUGGUCUAAAUGUCUCAGCAUUUCAUUUGAGCAGAGUUGUCAGCGUCGCAGUUAGUUUUCGGGGAGGAGAGAAUUCCAAGUUUGUGUGUGUUUUUUUUAAUUCAUUAUUUCUGUAUAGACAGUCCGAAUAACUGGAAACAUGCAAUGUUUUUUUUUUGUAAACAGCCAAGCUAACAUGUUGUCUCUACUGUGUACUCAGAAAAGGAAGUAAUAUGUCUAAAAAAAAACUACACAGUUGAAA